AUGCCGAUCAUCAACGGCCAAAAGAUGGCCUGGACGACCCUCUCCCAAGCUUCAGUCGCCGUCUCCAAGCGACACGCCGCCGAAAUCACCCGCGCGGACGAACUCGGCGUCGGGGACUUUUCGCGUACAGAAACCGCCGAAGCCACCAAGCCGCAAGGCAUCGAUAGACCCCGCCAGCCUUGA